UGUGUGUGUGUGUGACGAGUGACGACGCUCGGAGUCGAGGCGCAAAAAAUAAGUGGAAAAAAAAAGUCCCGAUUUAACAUUGAUUGUUCCGUGAUUGUAGCGACUAGCAGCCUGUCGACAGGUACGUUCGAAGAUAGCGUAGGAGGCGCCGGCGCGUGACGUACCGUCGACUUAUAUUCUAAUUUUUUAAGACAGUCGAUCACCGGGUUUUAUCGUUUGUUGUGUCGUUGUUUCGUGUACCGUGUAUUGUACUAUUGCGUCCUUGUGUCUUAACGCCGCUUGCCAGAAAAUACGAACUUUUAGUUUUCCAUUUCCCUCGAUUACUUGACUCUGGAUUUUUCAGUCUGCCGGCCUCCCGGAGCGAGUAAGCUCGUUGUUUGCGCCUUUGCAGUUUUACGACCAGUGUCGGGGUAUAGCGAGUGGUGCCGGUGCGGUAUAUCUACACGCCUCCGAGAUGAUGGAUUCGCCGACCACACCGCCGGGCUACAUGUCCGAAGACGGCGAUAAUAACGAAUCUCACAGUAUGAGUCCCAAUCCUACUGUGAUGGGAGUAUUGGACACCCAACCCGUCCUUUACUGUGAACCUGUAUUUUGGUGCUCAAUUAGCUAUUAUGAGCUCAAUACCAGAGUCGGAGAAACGUUCCACGCUUCUCAACCUUCUAUAUCAGUUGAUGGCUUUACAGAUCCCAGUAAUUCGGAACGAUUUUGCUUGGGCCUAUUGUCAAACGUCAAUAGGACAAAUGUAGUUGAACAGAUUAGGCGUCAUAUCGGAAAAGGUGUACGACUUUACUACAUUGGUGGCGAAGUAUUUGCAGAAUGCCUUAGCGAUUCUAGUAUUUUUGUACAAUCACCUAAUUGUAAUCAGAGAUAUGGAUGGCAUCCAGCUACUGUUUGUAAGAUACCUCCAGGUUGUAAUUUAAAAAUCUUCAACAACCAAGAAUUUGCAUCUCUUCUAUCUCAAUCAGUAAGUCAAGGUUUUGAAGCAGUGUACCAGUUAACUCGUAUGUGUACGAUACGUAUGUCUUUUGUUAAAGGCUGGGGCGCUGAAUAUAGGCGACAGACAGUUACAUCAACUCCUUGUUGGAUAGAACUACAUUUAAAUGGGCCAUUGCAGUGGUUGGAUAGGGUUCUUACACAAAUGGGUUCGCCUCGCUUGACAUGUAGUUCUAUGUCGUGAUUCAACUUAUAAAUUUAAACCCACCUUUAUUAUUACUAUAUUUUUUUUAACUGUACAUAACUCUUGGAAUGGCUGUCUAGUUUAAGGUCGUGAAUUGAAUCUGUAUUUAACCUAAUCGACUAAUUGGAACAGUGGUUUUGUGUUUUUAUGUUUUUAUGUUUUUUAUGUAACAUGAAAAAAACAACAUUUACACCGAAAUGUUAGUGAUAGAUAUUUAGAAUUAUUAUUGAGUAAUAGAG